AUGGAUCUACCUUUGCAGACAUAUUCGGGACUCUUCUGUGUUGUAAUCAAUCCAUACAAACGAUUACCGAUAUAUACAGAUUCCGUAGCAGCGAUGUAUGUCGGAAAGCGGCGAAACGAAAUGCCACCGCAUUUGUUUGCCGUAUCCGACGAAGCAUAUCGUAAUAUGCUGCAGGAUCAUGAGAAUCAAUCAAUGCUUAUUACCGGCGAAUCCGGAGCUGGCAAAACAGAAAACACUAAAAAGGUUAUAGCGUACUUUGCAUCCGUUGGGGCCAGCCAGCAGCAAGGAACGACAAUCGGACAAAAAAAAGUGACUCUGGAAGACCAGAUUGUGCAAACAAAUCCAGUCCUCGAAGCUUUCGGAAAUGCCCGAACGGUGCGCAACAACAACUCAUCAAGAUUUGGCAAAUUUAUCCGCAUUCACUUCUCGAAACUUGGAAAAGUUGCUUCGUGCGAUAUUGAGCAUUGUUAG